AUGGCGUCAAACGCCCCGGUUGCUGGGGUCAGCCCAGAGGUCUCGUCAGAGAGAAAGAAGAAUGGGCCUGACGACAUCGAACCAGCCCCGCCGGCUUAUUCCCCGGAUGGCGAGAUGAAAGAUGCUUCCGAGGAGAUCAACUAUCAUACCCUCACCUGGUGGCAAGCCGGCGUGGUCAUGAUUGCCGAGACGGUGUCGUUGGGUAUCCUUUCGCUCCCUGCCGUCGUGGCAAACCUCGGGCUGGCUCCCGGGAUUGUCGUGAUGGUCUUCAUGGGCAUUCUCGCGACAUACUCGGGCCUGGUCAUGGGCGAGUUUCGGAAAAAGCACCCCUGGGUCGAGAGUUUCGGCGAUGCGGGCGAGGUUAUGGGCAGGUCCAUCGGCAUGGGCAAGGCGUUCCAGGAGCUGUUCGGCUGGGCCCAGGUCAUUUUCCAGAUCUUCGUCAUGGGCAGCCAUCUCCUCACCUGGACCAUCUGCAUCAACACCCUAACGAACAGCGCCGCGUGCACCAUCGUGUGGGGCGUCGUCGGCCUGGGCCUCUUCUGGCUGCUGAACACGCCGCGCACCCUGAAAGCCGCCGGAUACUACUCGUUCGCGUCGUUCGCGUCCAUCUUCACGGCCGUCAUGAUCACCAUGAUCGACGUGGGCAUCGAGAAGCCCAUCGGCACGACCAGCAUCGAGGUGGCGCGCACCAUCGGCUUCAGCUCGGCCUUCCUCUCCGUCACCAACAUCGCCGUCGCCUUCAGCGGGCACUCGUGCUUCUUCAGCGUCAUGUCCGAGCUGAAGAAGCCCGACGACUGGCCGAAAGCUCUGAUGCUGCUGCAGGUGUGCGACACGGUCCUCUACAUCAUCGUCUCCGUCGUGGUGUACGUCCACGUCGGCCCCAGCGUCCCCUCGCCCGCGCUCUCCGCCGCCGCCUCCCCCGUCGUCAGGAAGAUCAUCUGGGGGUUUGCCAUCCCAACGAUCGUGCUGGCGGGUGUUAUCUACGGCCACGUCGCGGCCAAGUAUAUCUUUGUGCGGGUCUUUGCGGGCACCAAGCACAUCGCGAAGCACACCAAGCUGGGCCUCCUCGGGUGGCUGGGCAUCACAUCGGGGAUUUGGAUCAUCGCCUGGGUUAUUGCGCAGUCCAUUCCCGUGUUCAGCAACCUGCUGGGUUUGGUGUGCGCCCUGUUCGCCAGCUGGUUCUCGUAUGGUAUUCCUGGGUCGCUGUGGUUGUGGAUGUACUACGGCGAGUGGUUCACGACGCCCAAGAGGACGGCCCAGUUUGUGCUCAACGCGCUGCUGAUGCUGGUCGGGUUGUUGCUGUGUGCGCUGGGGCUGUGGUGCUCGGGGGAGGCGAUCGCGCAGGACAGGGGGACGGAGCCGUGGUCUUGCAAAAGCAACGCCGCGUAA